ACCCACACUGCAGCUCACAUAGGGGACAGCCCCCACGCCGUGGCCCCGUGAUGCCGCAGCCGAGGGCCCUGUGCUGGUGCUGCAGCUCAUUAGAAGGAGGUGCAGGUGCCCCGGGUACCUUGGUCCUCCCAGAGGGCUCUUAAUGAGCGGCCGCUAACGAGCGCCUGUGCUCCCCGCUCUCCUCCUCAGCCGUGGGAAGAGGCUGAUUGGUGAGCAGGCGCUGGGGAGCUGCGCGCAGGCUCUUUUUGGGGGCUCCGUGGGGCUGAACGACCCAACCCGCUGCUCCUUCCCUAUAUGCAUUAGCACUGUGCACGAGGGCCCCGUGGUCCCCAUCCCCUCUGCUGGGUCUCUGCAUGGCUCUGUAGGUCUUUUACCCUGGGAGGUGUUGCACCCCUUCCAAGUGCCACCCUCCUGCCUGGGGACGGGGCUGUCGCCAUCUCCCAGGUGUGGCAGUUCCACAUCUCUCCUUGCCCAGCGGGCUGUUGCAUUGUGAGAACUUGGUCCCUGUGCCUCACUUUCCCUCCCCAGGCCUUGGGGACAGGCCCUGGCGCUGGAUGUGGACGUGGGGAGAUCAGGAGCCCUGUUUUUACGCGCUGUAUGAGCCUCCAUGAGUCUGCCUGUUCGUGGAGGCCUGGAGGGUCGGGGAGCUUUGCCUCCCCUGCUGACGCCCCAAAAAUUCCCCACUGGUGUUGGCAUCGGUGCAGCGAUGGGGGCAGAUCAGUGAGUGCCGCAGGGGGCUGCAUGGCCGGGGGGGGCCCUGAGGCUGUAAGAGAGCAUCUCAUCCCCCCACUCCUCCCCCCCCCCCCCCCCAGCUGCUCUAAUCUCCUGCCAAACCUGCUCUUCCUGCAGGGCCGUUAGUGGGGCUGCAGCCGCGGGUCCCAGCUGCUUUGGGGGCUGCAGGGAGCUCAGCCCAUCCCAUCCCAUCCGGGCCCAUCGCCCCACUGGGGCCGGGCCCCCCACCUCCCCACCGAAGGGAGCCCUAAUCCUGCAUGACACGGCGCCCGGCCCCGCAGUGGCUAAUUGCAGCAUCCCCAGCUGAGGAUUAUGGUUUAAAGCGGGGAAGGAGCAGCGGGAGCAGAUGAGCUCCUGAGCAACAAAGCUCCCGUUUUCCUGCAAGCCACUUUUAUUAGGGGCGUAAUUAAAAGCCGACAGGAGGGAAAAAUUAUGGGGAGGGCCAGGGCGAUGGAAGGGGCCACCCAAUCCCCCUUUACCCCUGGGGGCUGCCUGCUCAUAGGAUCCUGAAGUGCACUGGGGAGGUGGGAGUGCGGUGCCCAAUGCUGCCCCACUCGCAUCCCAAAGGCCAGGACAGGACCGGGCGCCCGUCCCGCUCCCACCGCAGCGUUCCUCCCCGCCUCGCCGCGCUGGCAGGGCAGGAGGCAGCGAGGUGCCGGGCUGGUGGAGGAAACCCAAACUCAACUCCCUAUGAAAGGGGCUUUGUGUGCCCAGGAAGGAGCAGCCCUCCUCCUCCUCCUCUUCCUCCUUCUCCUCCUCUCCACGUUGCAGGAGCGUGGGCGAACCUUCGGCACUGCUGAGUUGGGACUUCGGAGGGGGUGGUGGGAGCUGCCCCUGCGCUGCCCGCUGCUGGGACCCCCAGCCCAUGGGCAGGGGACACCCCGGGUGCUGCAGGGAAACUGAGGCACCGAGCAGACAAGGUGUCCUGCAGCCUCCUACUCUGCUCGGCCUCCCAAAAGGGCUUUUAUCCAUUGCUAGUAAGUGUGGCAACGAGAGGGGAAAAAUGCAGUGCGUGACCCAGCCCCCAGGGCUGCGUGGCUGUGCCAAGCCAUCAUGGCACCGGUGUCCCAGCUGGUGCCGUCCCGGUGGGGUCUCUGUGGCUGGGGCUGGCUGCUCUGACACUAUCACAGGUGAUAGGCAUGGGGACAUUGUCCUACAUCCUCGCUCUGCCACCAGCUUGCCCUCACCCCUGCACCACCACCUGCCUCAGUUUCCCGUCCCAUUUAGGCACGCUGCAGGUCCGGCCUGGCAUACCCACAUUGCCCACCCCAGCAGCGCCCAGGGAGGGGACACAGCACAGCACUGAGUGCUUCACAGUGCCCCACAGGAACUCCCACACACCUGUGGUUCCCAGCAGGGCAGUGGGGUCCCCCAGUGAGUGCCUGGCCCCGGCUCCCGCGCCCCGGCUCCGGCAGGGGGCUUGUUCUGUGCCUGGACAGGAAGACGAAUGAAUUCCAUUAUGGGAUCGCGAUUUUAUUCCACGUGUCAGGGAGCCUGAGAUUAACUUGCUCACCAGGCUGUGACAAACCCAGACAUCCGCGUGCACGCGCUCGGGCGCUGGGGCUCUGCACACUCGCGGACACGGAGCUGUCUGAGACCCCACCGGAUCCCCUGCAGACCUGGAGGGCAGCAGGGCUGUGUCUGUCCUCCCUCCCUCCUGGCACCUGGGGUGGCUUUGUUUGUCCUAGAGGUCCUCUGGCCUCCCAGGGAUUCAGGUCUGGAGCCAGGUGGGGAGCACAGCAUCCUCCCCACAUAUGUCUCUAGGUCAGGAUGUCCGCGUGCCUCCAAAACCCAGGCGGGGAGCAGGCAGGAGCGAGGAAAGGGGAGCUCAAGUGGUUUGUGGGGCAGAGUGAGGCCUCUUGCCAGAGCUGGGGAUGUGCCAACCUCAUUUCAAUCCAGUCAGCCCUGGGAGAGCAGGCUGGGGCCAUGUGCAUGGGGCUGUGCAGCGCCGAGCUGUGCUGUGCCAUGCGGCACCGCGCCACACACCACUGUGCUGCGCCGUGGUGCAUUGUGCUGUGCCGUGCGCCAUGCCACGCCGCGCCAUGCUGUGCCACACCGUGCAGAACCAUGCCACGCCGUGCAGCACCGAGCUGUGCCACCCCACGCCGUGCCAUGCCGUGCCAUUCCGCACCGUGCCGUGCUUUGCCAUGUGGUGCCAUGUGGCGCUGCGCCCUGCCACGCUGUGCCACGUGGUGCAGUGCCGUGCCAUGCUGUUCCGUGGCACUCCAUGCCGUGCUGUGCCGUGCCGUGCCGCGGGGCCGGCUGCUCUCCCCUCGCCGCCCCCCCUGUGCGGGCGCAGGCAGCUGGCUCUGUUUGCUGGAGGCUUUGCGCAUUCCAGUUCUUGGGUCACUCGCCUUCGAAACCUCUCCGGGGACGGAGGCAGUUGGGAGCUGUAACAAACAACCGAAGGGCUCCGAUGACGCCCGCGCCCAGCGCUGAGUGCCAGCAUCGGGGGGGACCCAGGGGGGGCGGCGCCCCCCGCUCCCCUCACCCAACAGAACAGAGCAGCCUGGGGAGGUCCCGCCACAAACACGCGGCGCUGGGGCUCACGGUCAGGGAAGGGGCAGCUCCUUGCAGGACGUGGUGGCUUGCAGGGGAGCGGCGCAGUGCACAGCAGCUCUGCCACGGUCCCCAGCACGCGGGGCGCCGGAACCCAGCCUGCGUUUGUGCUGGGAGGGCUGAUGGAGCCCAGCGGGCCCAACGGCAGCGGGGCCACCGAAGGUUGGGGCUGGUUAAUGUGUCUUGGAAUGUGUGCCGGAGCCGUCCCGGGGAGAUCAAGGGUCCGUGCGGGGCUGCGGGAGCGCGCGGCUCUCGGGGGCCGCGGGGCCGCGCGUCGGGAAGGCUGGGCGACGCGGGAAGGUCAGGCUUGGCCAGAUGCAGCCACUCCACCCUCCUCCAGUGCUUUGCACAUUAAUGCAAAUGCACUGGCCUGAGUGGUUCAUUAGCAGCAUGUGGAAUGGAAUAAUGCAUCCGCAUCCCAUUAGCCUAAUGAAAAAAAGGGAGCCGGCACCUGGAACAAAGCUGCCGACUCUUGGCGAGUGCUCUGGCUCGGCCGUGCUGGGCCGUGGGGCCCCCCCUUUCCUCCCCUUCCCUUCCCUUCCUUCCCUUCCCUUUCCCUCCACCGCCCCGGCCGCUGCCUCCGAGCAUCCUCCCGCCCGAGGGGCGCGGGGCUGUCCCCACGGUGGGUGCCCGUAGCCCCCGAUCGGAGACCCCCGGGGGGCACUGCCGGUCCCGGCGGUUGGCGGCCCCCGGUGCCGCGGCGGCGCUGCCCGGGUGUCGGUGCCGGGCGGAGCGAUGUCCCCGCGUCUCUGGGGCUGGGAGCGCGGAGCCUGAAGGAUUAGAGGAAACAUUGCCAAACAAACCAGGCUGUGCCGGAACCAAUUAGCCUCCAGCAGGCAGAGUUUCAGAUGCUGUUAUUUCUGCCUCUUCUCUUUCUCUGCCUCCUUCUGUCUCCCUCUCUCCCCCUUUUCCCCCUCCCCGGCCCUCCCCAGCCCCUCCUGCCCGCCCCCAACAUCUCUGCCGUCUCCAUUCCUCUCCGUGUCGGAGCUUGUUUUGGGCACUGGCUUUGGAGUGAGUCAUGCCGCGCGUAGGGGAUUUUAAAAGCUUUCUGCUGUCGCUGGGAGCCGGUUUGGGCUGCUCUGACACUGGGGGUGGAGCGCGGCGCGGUGCAGACAGCCCUCGUCUGGGGAGCCCAAAAAUCCCCCCGAACCGCCGGGGUCCCGCGGCCCCACGUCGGGGCCGACCUCGGCCACCCCAGCCAGCGGCUGAGUCACAGCCGAAAACUUUCGGAACCGUUGGAGCUUCCUCUGCGAGGCCCCCGGGGCGAGGAAGUGGGCUGCCGGGGCGUCGAAGCUGCGGGGCCGGGCGCGCAGGCGCGGGAAGUGGGUGCCGGGGCUCCAAGCGUGGGAGAUUCCGGAGAUUUUGGAGAUUUCCGAGGUUUCGGAGGUUUGGGAGAUGGCGGAGAUAGGUCGGAGAUGGUGGAGAUUUCCACCCUCCGCCAGCCCCGGGGUGGGGACCCCACGGCGUGACCCUCCCGCCGGUCUGCAGCUGGCUCCCUUCCUCCUCCUCCUCCUCCUCCUCCUCCUCCUCCUCCUCCUCCUCGCCUUGAGCUGUGCUGCUGAGGGACUGCAGCUCCCGUGGAUCAGGAGGAGAUUUAGGUCAAGCGCUCGACUGAGUCGAAACAGCCAUCUGUGUGCGGAGGAAGCGGCCACCCAAAGCCCCGGAGCGGCUGCCCCACCGGCGUCCCGUGCCCUCCCGGCCGGCACGCAGAGCCACCUUUGUCCGCAGCAAGAAAAUAAACGGGGGGGGGAGGAAAAAUAGCCACCCUCUCCCUCCCCACACCCUUCCUUCGCCCCCUGCUUCCAUCGUCCUCCACCUCUGCCCGCUGGCAUCGCUGGCAAGCGGAGGGGAAACCUGGCAGGGCGCGGGGCCGAGGUCGCGGUGACACUGCGGGACGCGGUGCGGGUGCGAGGCCGGAGCCGAUCCCAGUGCCGUGUGCGGGUGGGAGCGGCGAUGCUGGCGGUGCGCCCGGCGCUGGGGCUCGUGGGUUCCUGCAGGAACAGGGUGGAGCGGGAGGAGUUGGUGUCAUCCCGGCCACAGCGCUGGGGAGGGCGGGGGUGCGGAGCCGCCCCCUCCGCGCCUCGGUUUCCCCACGGGGGGGAGCGGCUGUGGGGCGCGUGCGGUUUGCAGGCAGCGCCCCCCCCCCCCCCGCUGCCGGGCCGGGGGCGGCCCCGAGCUCUCCUGCUCCCCACCUGCGCGCUUCUUUCUCGCUUUCUCUGUUUCCUUCCGGAGCUUUUUUGCUCACCGGUGUUUCCCGGUGCACACGCCCAGGGUGCGGGGAGAGGAAACGGCACCGGGGAGGCCGGGGGGGCUCCCAGCCCCGUGCGCUGCGCGGUGCAGCUGUGGGGGGGGGUCCCGGCCCCUCGCACCCCCCCCGUAAGGAGCUUUUCCCAGCCCUGCCGCCCUCUAAUCCAGCCGUGGUUAUGGGGAUUAAGCGUGGGGUGAGCAGCGGGGUUUUUGGAGGUGGUGGUUUUGCAAGGUUUGUGCCGGGAGGGUGCGAGCCGGAGCGCGCCGUGCCGCGCAGCGCACAGCAGGAGGAGCAGAGCUGCGAGCUCAGCCUCUCCUCCUCCCUCUGCUCCCUCCUCUCCCUCACCGCUUCGCUCUCGCACGGCAGCCACGUGCAGCCACCAGCAGGGCCACGCGGCGGCUCCGGGCGGUGUGGGGACAAGGCGUGCGGGUACGGGGCGGGCUCCGGUCGGGGGUCCCGUCCUCAUUUCCCCACGGCCCCGCGCUCCCUGGGGGUGUCGGAGGGGGCUGGCGGAUGCCGGGAGCUCGGCGGUUCUUUAUGGUCUCAGAGGGCUCCAUUAAUUCUUUAAAUAUCCAGCCUUUCCAGAUGGGAGCUCGGUCGCCUGCCAGCCCGGCGCACUGGAGAACGGUGCCAGCCCGCCUGCAGAGUGGUUCCCGUGCGCCCAGGGCCCCCGCCAGCCCAGCAGCGACGGCGACGGCCCCGAGCGCGGCUUCCGAGUGAACCUGCACUGCAAACACCCGCGGCCCAGAUCGCAGGCGGUCUCCCCCAGCCCCUGCCCCGCGCGCAGCCCCGACGCCAGGGCGAUGGGCACCGGCUGUGCCGGCUCGGGAGCACCCCGGGGAGGAGCAGCCCCUGAGAGCUCAAGUGCAAUAGCAGAAGCAGCAGCAAAGCCGAGGGUCCCCGCCUCACCUUCCCCGACCCCCAUGUCAGCACCUGCUCAGCCCAGCGGCACGCGGGGGAGGAGGAGGUCAGGAUGCGCGUGAAGCCCCCGGGCCCAGUGGUAACGACCAGCGUUGUGCGAGGCUCGCCCGACUACGUCCGAGAGCCCAAAUUCUACCCUCCGGGGCACCCGGCGCAGCAGCCCCCCGCUUGCCCGGCGGAGAAAGCCUUAUCCUGCAGCGUGCUCAGCUUCCCUGAGGGCUCGUGCCCGGCGCUGGGCCGGGAGCACCAGGCGGGUUCGCUGCUGCACGGCGACCCGGCCGACCGGUGCCAGGGCGUGCACGGCGGCACCAAAGAGGCCGAGGAGCUGCUGGGCUGCGCCGGCGAACCCCGGAUCCUGGGGGGCAGCGCGGAGGAAGCAGCCGCCCGCGAUCGGGCGCCCGACACCUUCCCCAACGCGACGCUGGCCUCGGGCCGCUGCAACGUCGACAGCAUCGUCGCGCUGCUCCGGAGCAAGUGCGGCAACGGGCACAUCAACCUUCACCCCGUGGUGCAGCUCAUCGACAUCAUGAAGGACCUCAACCGCCUCUCCGAGGACCUCAAGAGCAGCGGGGUGCACCUGGACUGCGGCAGCCUGCGCGGCACCGGCGGCGGCGGCGGCGGCCACGAGGACGGCCGCCUGCUGCCCGCCGACCGCGACCUGCAGUACAGCUUCUUCUCCUCGCCCUCCCUGGCCAACAGCAUCCGCAGCCCCGAGGAGCGCGGGGUGCUCUGCAAAGCCGAGCCGCCGCGGCACCCCCGGCCCCCAACCCGCGACGGGGAGGGUGAGGGCGGCGGGGGGAGCGCCCCGCAGCCCCCGGCCUCCGGCAAAGCGCCCGCCGACGAGGCGGGGUGCUCGCAGCCCGACGCCGGUGACUACUCCGAGCUGGCCGAGGCGGACAUCCUCAACGAGCUGGCCUCGCUGGCGUGCCCGGGGACGCAGCUGCUGGAGUCGCAGCCCAUGGAGCCGCAGCCCCAGUUGCUCCCGGCCCAAGAGCUGGACUCCCAGUCCCGGCUGCUGGAUUCGCAGUCCCUGGAGUCGCAGCCCCAGCUGCUCGACGCACAGAGCUUGGAGCCGCUGCCGGAGUCGCUGGAACUGCAGAACCUGGAGCCGCUGGGGCUGCAGUCGCUGGAGCCGCUCUCCGAAUCCUUGGAGCUGCAGUCUCUGGAGCCGCUCUCCGAAUCGCUGGAGCUGCAGUCGCUGGAGCCGCUGGCCGAGCCGCUGGGGCUGCAGACGCUGGAGCCGCUGCCCGGAGCGCUGGAGCCGCAGCUCCUGGAGGCGCGCGCCCCGCUGCUGCCCUCCGAGCCGUCCCUGCUGCAGCCGCAGCCGCUGGGCCCCGUGCCGGAGCUGCUGGAGGCGCAGCCGGGCGCCGGGGACCCCCUCCGGCCCCACAGCCUGCAGCCCCGCCUGGGGGGCUGCCCGCUGAGCGGCGUGGUGAAACGCGGCCCCUGCGGGGGUCGGGGGGCCGGGAGGUGCGGAGAGGACCAUCGCAAGUACGCGCUGCGCCGGACCGACAAACCAAAGAUGCUGUGCCGCCGGAGGAGGGCAGGGCGAGGGCGCAGGGCUGACAUCGUCCCCGAGAGCCGCGUCCUGCCCCUCGCCCUGCCCGCCGAGCUGCCCCCCGGGCCCGAGGAGCCCGGCACCCCGCUGCUGGCCCCCCCGCCGCCUCCCGAAGCCCUGGAGCCCGACGAGGUGCCCAAGACCCCCGCGGCGGCGGGGAAGAAGAGCAAGUGCCGGGGGGUGCGGAAGAUGGUGGUGAAGAUGGCCAAGAUCCCGGUGUCGCUGGGGAGGAGGAACAAAACCACCUACAAGGUGUCGUCGCUCAGCAGCAACCUGAACCUGGAGGGCAAGGAGCUGGCGGCCAGCAGCUCCAUGGAGCCCACGCCGCUGCUCAAGAUGAAGAACAACGGGCGCAACGUGGUGGUGGUCUUCCCCCCCGGCGAGAUGCCCAUCAUCCUGAAGCGCAAGCGGGGCCGGCCUCCCAAGAACCUGCUGCUGGGCCAGGCCAAGCCCAAGGAGCCGGCCCCGGAGGUGAAGAAGAGGAGGAGGAGGAAGCAGAAGCUGGCCUCGCCCCAGCCCUCCUACAUCGCCGACACCAACGACAGCAAGGCCGACUACUCGGACGUGUUGGCCAAGCUGGCGUUCCUCAACCGGCAGAGCCAGUGCUCGGGGCGCUGCUCCCCGCCGCGCUGCUGGACGCCCAGCGAGCCCGAGUCCAUCCACCAGGCGCCCGACACGCAGAGCAUCUCCCACUUCCUGCACCGCGUGCAGGGCUUCCGGCGGCGCGGCGGCAAGGCGGGCGGCUUCGGCGGGCGCGGAGGGGCCCACGCGGCCCGCGCCUCCCGCUGCUCCUUCAGCGACUUCUUCGAGGGCAUCGGCAAGAAGAAGAAGGCGCCCGCCGCCCUGCACGCCGACCCCGUGCACCCGCGCAAGAGGGGCCGGCCGGAGCCCGACCCCGUGGGCAAACCCAAGCGCAAGCGGCGGACCCGCAAGAACGGGGUGCUGUUCCCCGAGCAGAACCCCGGGCAGAGCUUCAGCGACAGUGCCUCCGAGUGGGCCGGGGAGAAGGGCAGCCCCUGGGCCCCGCACCACGGCCACGCCGCCGGCCAGCCCGGCCGCAACUGCGGCUACCAGGGGGCCGAGGCCCGGCCGUUCCACGCCGCCGCGCUGGAGUCGGGCUCCUCGGGCCGCGCCGGCUUCUACGCGGGCGGCGCGGGCUCCUCGCAGGCCGAGGCGGGCCAGGAGCGGCACAGCCUCUUCACGGGGUACUUCCGCUCCUUGCUGGACUCGGACGACUCCUCCGACCUGCUGGACUUCGCCCUCUCGGCCUCGCGCUCCGAGUCCCGCAAGUCGGCGGCCUACGCGGCCCCUCCCGGCGCCAUGGCGGCCCAGCGGGGCGGGCUGGCGGCCUACCCGGCGCGGGGCGGCAAAGUGCCGGCAGCCGCGGGCCCCGGCGCCGAGGCCUUCCACGCCGCCAUGCAGGCCCGGCAGGCCUUCCCUCCCGGCCGCCCCGCCGCCGCUUACGGCGUCAGCCAGGCGGGCUCCUCGGAGUGCCGCGGCGCCGAGGCCUUCCCCAAGCUGGUGCCGCCCUCCGCCGUCUCCCGCUCGCCCACCGCGCACCCGGCGGGCACGGCCGGCUACCCGCAGUACGGCGGGUACGGCGCGGGGCAGAGCGUGGCCCCCGCCAGCGUCUUCCCCCCGGGGAAGCAGUACCCGCCGGCGCAGGACUGCCCCACCAGCAAGGACUGCAGCUUCGCCUACGGCAGCGGCAGCAGCCUGCCCUCGUCCCCCAGCAGCGCGCACAGCGCCGGCUACGCGCAGCAGACCGCCGGGCCCAGCCUGCCGCUGGGCAAAGCCUCCUUCUUCAACAGCGCCGAGGGCGGACAGUUCUCCAGCGCCGCGCACACCCCGCUGCGCUGCGACAGCCGCGCCAGCACCGUCUCUCCCGGCGGCUACAUGGUGCCCAAAGGCUCGGCCUCCUUCCAGCCCUCCCCCGAGAACUGCCGGCCGUUCCCCAGCGCGUCGCAGUGGGCGUUCCGGCAGGGCUACGGCGGGUUGGAGUGGAGCUCGGAGGCGUUCAGCCAGCUCUACAACCCGGGCUUCGAGUGCCACCUCAACGAGCCCAACGUCAUCCUGGACAUCUCCAACUACACCCCGCAGAAGGCCAAGCAGCAGACGGUGUCCGAGACCUUCUCCGAGUCGUCCUCCGACAGCACGCAGUUCAACCAGCCGGCCGGCUACCGGCGCGCCAACAGCGAGGCCUCGUCCAGCGAGGGCCAGUCCAGCCUGUCCAGCCUGGAGAAGCUGAUGAUGGACUGGAACGAGGCGUCCUCGGCGCCCGGCUACAACUGGAACCAGAGCGUCCUCUUCCAGAGCAACUCCAAGCCGGGCCGGGGCCGGCGGAAGAAGGUGGACAUGUUCGACGCGUCGCACCUCAGCUUCUCCUCCUCGUCCUCCUCCUCCUCCGUGUACCCCUCCAAGCGCAGCACGGGGCCCCGGCAGCCGCGGGGCUCGCGGGGGGCGUGCGCCUCCAAGAAGGAGCGGGGCACGGGCAAGGCCAAGUUCCCCAGCAAGGCGCAGGCGGUGAACCCGCUCUUCCACGACAGCACGGACCUGGGCUUGGACUACUACAGCGGGGACAGCAGCAUGUCCCCGCUGCCCUCCCAGUCGCGGGGCUUCGGGGUGGGCGAGCGGGACCCCUGCGACUACGCCGGGCCCUACUCCAUGAACCCCUCGACGCCGUCGGACGGGACGUUCGUGCAGGGCUUUCAGAGCGACUCGCCCGGCUUGGGGCAGCCGGAGCUGGAGGGCAAGCACUUCCCCGCGCUGCCCCACCAGCUGGCAGCCCCCGGGCAGCAGGCUGUCUUCGAGGCCGGCCUCCAGAAAGCCUUCUCGCCCAACUGCUCGCCCACCUUGGCCUUCAAGGAGGAGCUGCGGGCGGGCGAGCUGCGCAAACUGCCCGCCUGCGACUCGCUCAAGCACAGCAUGCAGGGGGGGGCCCUCCCGCACGGCCCCCACGUGGCGUGCCGCGACCUCGCCAUGCCGCAGCCGCACUACGAGUCCCCCAGCUGCAAAAACCCCCCGUAUUGGUACUCGCCCACCGCCAGCACCCGCAGCCCCUCCUCGUACGACGGCAAGGCGGGCGCCGGCAUGCUGGUGGACUUCAUGGGCAGGACGGACCCCUCGUGUCUCAACCCCCAUUUGAGCAGCCCCGGCGGCCCCCACCCCUCCAAGGGCGAGAAGGAGCCCUUGGAGAUGUCCCGCGCCCACCACCGCGGCCCCUACGCCUGCCCCCUGAUCAAUGACUUGAACAUCUCCCCCGUCCCGAGGGACUCCAUGCUGCAGCUGCAGGACAACUACAGGUACCCCACGUUUGCACCCCAGGGGCACCCCGUCAUGGCCCCCGCCCAGAAGAGCGGGUUCUUGGGGCCGAUGGUGGAGCAGCACCCCGAGGACACGUUUACGGUCACCUCAUUGUAGUGCCACUGACGUGCCAAGCGGACAGCGAGGUUUUGUUACAGGAGGUAAUUUAGCCAGCACUUUUUUUCUGGAACACUUUUCAAGUUCUGUAUUUAACUGGGAUUGGAACCGUUUGUUUGUUUUUUUCUAUGAAAAAAAAAAAAAAAAAAACCACCCCCCCCC